AUGACAUCAACGGUUGUUUCUUUCUUCUCCCCAUCACCAUCUGCCUCUCGCAGGGCCCAAGAUCUUCUCUCAAAACUAUGCAAACUUGAAAAAGUCAAUCUGAAGUCCUUCGAGCACGAUAAGGACAAGCUUAACACUACAUUUCAAUCUGUUCUACCCAUAUUCUCCAAUUCAUGGGACUCUGUUGCUCUGAAAUGUCAAUCAAGCGGGACCAUGGUUCACUUUCUGUCGAGCUCGGACACCAAGGACAAUGCAGCUAGGGGGAGCGCAUUUUCGCUGUUGGGAAUCACAAAUUCAACUACGGACGAGUCAAAUCAAGCUGCCGUUCAAUCCUUUCGAGAUCUUUUAGCGUCCAAUAUCGAGAAUCGAUCAUCGUCGAUCAAACUGAAAAAUUUUCUAGGAUCCUUGCAAGCACAUGAAAUGCUUCGUGACAUCUCUAGUGGGUCCCUUCCACUUUUGUCUGUUGGCGAUCAGAAAGCGACAGCAGGACGUAAUGCAACGAAGGACUCGCCCCCUUCUGGUUUGAAGGAAGUCGUCGUUCCAUUCUUUGAUUAUGCCGAAUAUGCAGAUGGUUCCACCAUUCUCUCCCGAUUAAGUGGAGCUCAGCGACCAGCAGUCGGCGUCUAUCAACUAGGGCAACGAUCAAUUCGAGUCAGACCAUUACCUACAGCCUCGGAAGACAGGUCUCUUCCCCCGCCGACUUUGAUUUUCCACUGCGAUGACCUUGAAGCAGUUGAUACGACAAAAGAAGGAACAAGAACAGGAAAGAUUGGGUUUAGUGGCAGCAGUCGCAUUGGACAGUUGAUGGUUCAGCAUGAAGAUCUGCUGGGACUUGACAUUCGUUUUUGCUCAAGUGAGAAAGUGAAAAGUGCUUUCGACGAAGCACAAGAAUCUCUGUUGGCCGGUUCGCUGGAUGAGCUACAGUCGGCAAACACUCUACUUGCUGGUGGUGAAACUUCGAAAGACGACGACAAGAUUGGAGUGGCUGAUUGUUGGGUAGAGGUGCGGGCAAACCUCAAGUCGCCUUCUGGUUUCCUGAAACGACCGAAUAAGUCUAGCGCUAGCCAAAAGCCAAGCGCUAGGCCGAUUAAUACUCCCGAUGCGUGA